AUCAACAAUACAUUUGAGAUAUCAAUACUCCUCCACAAAUCUACAAAAAUGAAGCUUUCUUGUGGUACAAGUUUUGCGUUCUUGAUUUUGUUUCUUUUUGCGGCACAAUCUGUGCAUGUCUAUGCGGGUAGCUUCCACAAAGACGUUCAGAUACAUUGGGGUGAUGGCCGCGGAAAGAUUCGCGACAGAGAUGGAAAGCUUCUUUCUCUCUCGCUCGACAAAUCAUCUGGAUCCGGUUUUCAGUCUAACCAGGAGUUUCUCUAUGGCAAAGCCGAGGUUCAAAUGAAACUUGUCUCUGGUAACUCAGCUGGAACAGUGACAACAUUCUAUCUUAAAUCUCCGGGAACUACGUGGGAUGAGAUUGAUUUCGAGUUCUUGGGAAACCUAAGUGGUCAUCCAUAUACUCUCCAUACUAAUGUUUACACAAAAGGCUCUGGAGACAAAGAACAACAAUUUCAUUUAUGGUUCGACCCAACUGUUAACUUUCACACUUAUUGCAUCACAUGGAAUCCCCAAAGGAUUAUUUUUACAGUUGAUGGAAUUCCUAUUAGAGAGUUCAAGAACUCCGAGUCAAUUGGAGUUCCGUUCCCAACUAAGCAACCAAUGAGGCUCUACGCGAGUCUAUGGGAAGCCGAGCAUUGGGCUACAAGGGGAGGAUUAGAGAAAACAGAUUGGUCAAAGGCUCCUUUUACAGCUUUCUACAGAAACUACAAUGUUGAUGGAUGUGUAUGGGCUAAUGGAAAAUCUUCUUGUCCCGCAAAUUCCCCAUGGUUCACUCAACAACUUGAUUCAAAUGGUCAGACAAGAAUGAAAGGGGUACAGAGUAAGUACAUGGUCUACAACUACUGCACCGAUAAAAAUAGGUUUCCUCGAGGUGUUCCUGCAGAGUGCAGUUAAAUUGUUGAUUCUUUGAUUCGUGAAUAAGUUACAUAGCAUUCAUUGCCUUUGUAAGUCAGACGAGUUUUUAUCUAUUUCUAUCAUUCAUUUGUUGCUUAUAUAUAUGGUGUUUGUGUAAAUGUUCUUAAGAAGUAAUAAAAAUCAUUAUGGAAA